AAAAAAAAAAAAAAAAAAACUAAAAAAAAUGUAUUGUUUUAAAUAGAGCGUUUGUUCCUCUUGCUACUAGUCAUCUUCCCCACAUACCUAUUAGAUUUCAUUAUCCAUAUAUCAUCCUAUCAUUCUCCCUCACUUCCUCUUUUCGCAAUACCCUUCUUCUUAUUUUUCCCUAGCCUCUCUUCAGUUGGACCAUCGGGAAGUGGAGGAAUCUUGCUGUUUAUACUGGACCGCUUUACAUUUUACUUAGCCUUUAUAAACUAUUAUAAACCUCCUCAUGAAGGUAAAGCUCAGAGGAAUCCAAUGUACUUCCAACUCUUCCUUUGGCGUCUCACUGUUUUCCACUCCUUCCUGAUCCACUCCAUUUAUAUCGUCGAGUAUCUCCUUAGAUCUCAUCAAACUGCACCACAUCCUUCACCUCAAUCUAAGAAUGAUGAGACUCCUGGUGAUAUGACCAAGCAAGGGGAGACAAUGAAGGAGUUAGUGGAAGAUGGGAAGAAGACAAUGACACAUAUGGAGAAUAUGAUCAACUCAGGUCUUGAAACUCAAAGAAAAGAAUGGGGAGAGUUUCUUGACGAGUUGUGCAAAGAUGAGAAGAAGGUGAUGACGAAAUUAAAUGGUAUGAUCUGCUCACAACUUGAAACUCUGAGAGACAACAUGCCCCUCAUUGUUGACGAUGUAUGGAAAGAGCUCCGUAAUGAGUUGAGGUCUAAAGUCCACGAGGAUAUUAAAGCUUCAAGACAAGAUCUAACUAACGAUGUCAAAUCUUUGGCCGACGAACUCCGUGAUACCUACCAUGCCAUCCAAGAAACCAUUAAAGAAGCCACCCAAGAGACCUAUCUUAUAGACCAAACAAACAGACGGGUGAUAAAGAAAGAGGACGUUGAGUGAUUUGCCGAGCUGAGGGAGCAAGUGCAGCGAAUGGCCGUGGAGGCUGAGAUUGCCGCAGAAGAGCUCUCACAUGUAACAAUGGGGUUGGUAGAGGCAGAUUCUCCUUAG